UCCUUAGAAAGAAAAUGCCUAUACCUUCUCCAACAAUGCACCAACACUUCACCACGCUCUCUCCUCCAAAUCCACGCCUUCAUGCUCCGAAACGCCCUCGAAACCAACCUCAAUCUCCUCACCAAAUUCAUCACCACCUGCUCCUCCUCCUCCUCCCCCUCCCAACUCAUCAAACACGCCCGCCGCGUCUUCGAUCGGCAACCCAAUAGAAACGACACAUUCCUCUGCAAUGCGAUCAUCAAAGCCCACAUUGCCGAAUCCGCCGAGUCUUUUGCGCUUUAUAGAACUCUCAGGCGCAUGGAUUUCGAGCCGGAUGGGUAUACUUUUACUGCUCUGGCCAAGUCGUGUGGGUUAGAUGGGGCAAGAUUGGAGGGGGAGGUGAUUCACUGUCAUGCUGUUAAGACUGGGUUGUGUUUGGAUUUGUAUGUUUCGACGGCUUUCGUUGACAUGUAUGUGAAGUUUGGGAGGAUUGGCUGUGCGCGGAAGGUGUUCGAUGAAAUGACUGAGAGAAAUCGAGUGUCGUGGACGGCGCUUAUUUGCGGGUAUGCGAGAGCGGGAGAUAUGGGUGGUGCGAGGAGGUUGUUUGAUGAGAUGCCCGAGAGGGACUCGGCUGCGUUUAAUGCGUUGAUUGAUGGAUAUGUCAAGGUGGGAGAAAUGGGUUUGGCUCGGAGUUUGUUUGAUGAGAUGAGGGAUCGGAAUGUGGUGAGUUGGACUAGUAUGAUAUAUGGGUACUGCCAUCGAGGUGAUGUAGGGGCCGCUAAAUCGUUUUUUGAUUCUAUGCCGAAGAAGAAUCUUGUUUCUUGGAAUGUGAUGAUUGGUGGUUAUUGCCAGAACAAACAGCCCCAUGAAGCCGUGAGAUUGUUUCAUGAAAUGCAGUCAAGUACGUCCCUUGAACCGGAUGCUGUAACGAUUGUGAGCAUUCUUCCAGCUAUAGCUGAUUUGGGUGCUUUGGAUUUAGGACAUUGGGUUCACGAGUUUGUAGAGAGGAAGAAACUUGAUAAGCUGACCAAUAUAUACACUGCGCUUGUGGAUAUGUAUGCUAAAUGUGGUGAAAUUACAAAGGCCAGAAAACUCUUUGAUGAGAUGCCUGAAAAAGAAACGGCUUCUUGGAAUGCUUUGAUAAAUGGGUUUGCAGUCAAUGGCCAUGGAAAGGAGGCACUAGAAGUAUUUUCAGAGAUGCAACGGGGGAAGUAUGAGCCGAACAAUAUAACCUUUCUCAGUGUUCUGUCCGCUUGUAACCAUUGUGGUCUGGUAGAGGAAGGGAGAUUUUGGUUUAAGAAAAUGGAGAACUUUGGGCUCAUUCCACAGAUUGAGCAUUAUGGUUGCAUGGUAGAUCUUUUAGGAAGGGCAGGGUGCUUGGAGGAAACUGAAAAGUUGAUCAAGAGCAUGCCUUACGAUGUUAAUGGGAUAAUUUUGAGUUCCUUUCUUUUUGCAUGUGGGUAUUAUGAGGAUGUCACGAGAGCCAACAAAAUUUUAGAGUUGGCUGUCAAACUGGAGCCAUGGAAUGAUGGAAAUUAUGUCAUAUUGAGAAACUUGUAUGCCAGAAAGAGAAGGUGGAGUGAUGCAGAUGAUAUUAAGAGUUUGAUGCGGAAGAAUCAAGCAGAUAAAGAAGUUGGUUGUAGUUUUAUAGAGGUUGAUGGUAGAAUCAAGGAGUUUGUGGCUGGGGACAGGAUGAACACAUCUAUGGAAGCUAUACAUAUGACUUUGCUGCAGAGUUGGAAGCACAUGAUGGGACAAGUGCCAUGUUCUAUAGCUAUGGUGUGCCUUGCAUGA